CUUCAGAAACUUCAUGACAUUUUUGAAAUUGCCAAAUCUGUUAACUUACCAGAGAGAGAAAUUGUGGAUGGAAUAAACAAGCUUUGUAAAGGUGUUCAUACUUGUGAGCAUUUAAAAUGUGAGGCAAAAGAAGAAGUUAGAGAUUAUGUGGAUAAAGUAACCUCGUAUUGUGAAGCUAUUCAGUAUCUCACUAUUGAUUUCAAAAGUUGUGAAUCUCAAUUAACCGUGGCAAAUUCGACAUGUUUUCAAAACUUUGAUCCAUUCCCAGAUGCAGUUGACGAUCCGGCAGAAAUGGAAGAAAUUCAAAACGAAGCAUGCGCUAACUUUUUUGGUAAAGAAAACUGCAUGGAGAAAGAGAUAACAGAAACCUGUAACAUCGAUGUGUGGAC